AUGGUCCCAACAUCAUCAAUACUCAACUUGGUCUUCGAUCUCACCACCGUACACCUCAUCUUCGCCUUCCUGUUCUUCUCCUUCUUCUCCCUCGCCACCAUCUUUCACUUCCGCAUCAAGACCCGAAACUCCAGCCACCUCAAGGACUUCAAUUCCUUCUGGGCCGUUCGAACCCUUCUGGUCUUCUUCGUCGCCCUCUGGACAAUCACUGAGGCACUCCGCCUCCCUUUCCUACUCCUCCGCCGCUUACACUUCUUCCCUCGUCUUCUCACCCUGACCCAGCAAGCCUUCCUCUGCAAGAUCCAUGUCGUCCUCUCCCUCGGCGUCUUUGAGCCCGGAUUCCUCGCCACCCUCCUCUUUCUUGUUAACGUCUCCGUCAGGAAGAUAAAACCCUCCGACACAAUCGCCACCACCCUCUCCGUCGUCUCCGCCUGCUGCCUUCCCAUUUUCCUCUUCCAGAUCUUAUUCGUCUUCUUCCCCACCACCAGGCUCACCGAGACCCUCAACCGCAGCUUUAUCCUCGUCCCCGACGGCGCCGGCAGCAACAACGUCGUCUGCGCUUACCCUCUCUUAAGUUCCAUCUCCUUCGGCGCAUUCGGGCUUGUGUACGCCUUCUCCUUCUUGCUCUCCAGUUGGCGGGUGAUCUCCCUCGUCAUCAACAGGGGCUUGAGGACACGCAUCUACGUGCUCUCGUCGGCGGUGCUGCUGGGGCUGCCCAUUCAGAUCAUCUUCCUCUGCGUCUCCGUGCUCUGGAGCCCAGAUGACCCGGUCUUCCAUGGGCUUGCGUUGUUCAUCUUCUUCAGCGUGCUAUGUUGCGCCGUGGUGGGUGUGGGCAUCCUUGUCAUCAAACCAAUCAGGGACGCCCUCGCUUUAUCCGGUGAGGCUUGCCCGUGGAACAAACGCGACGUCAACGACGACCGCCUUACUCUGUCUGCUGACGUAGAAACCGGGGGCAUUGGCUUAACAGGGGAAGGAGAGAAAUGGAAAGAAAAGGGAGGAGGAGGAGGAGAUUUUGACUGA